AUGACAUUUUCUUACAGCUACGAGUCGGGUGUUUUGGAGGAUCCAGCUAAACACGCCCCUCCCGGCAUUUACCAGAUGACGGUAGAUCCAGAACAAGCCCCCGAUCAAGCAGAGAAAAUCCUCAUCUCCUUUAAAAAUGGUUUGCCUGUUCAUGUUAAGAAUUUAGGAAACAACACGGAAAAGAAUAAACCACUUGAAAUUUUCUCUUACAUGAAUGAAUUAGGUGGAAAGCACGCCAUCGGAAGAAUAGACAUAGUAGAAAACAGAUUCAUUGGAAUGAAGUCUAGAGGUCUUUAUGAAACACCUGGUGGAACUAUUAUACUAGCUGCACAUAUGGACAUUGAGCUGUUUACCUUAGAUAGGGAAGUACGGAAAAUAAAACGGAAUCUCGAUAUCUCCUUCUCAGAUCAAGUGUAUAAAGGGUUUUGGUUUAGUCCAGAAUGUGAGUACACGCGCGCCUGUAUUCAGGGGAGCCAAAAUCACGUGACUGGUAACGUCACUGUCAAACUGUAUAAAGGAGGGGUGUACAUUCUAGGCCGGGAGUCACCAUUAUCUCUUUACAAUGCAGAACUCGUCAGUAUGGAUGUACAAGGUGACUAUGAACCAACAGAUGCAGGUGGAUUCAUCAAAAUCAAUGCAUUACGAUUGCAAGAGUAUUGUCGUCUGCGGCAGAAUCAAACAGGGAAAUGAAAGUCAUCCUCUCAUACACGCAGAUGUAAAUCUGUAAAGCAUCGCUGCGGAAGAUUAGUGUUGGAUUUUUUUUAUAAAUGAUGUUCAUCUACUAGAUGUGUUUUUUCUUCUGAUUGCUGUACAUAUCCAUAAUUUUCGCUUUGCAUAGUAGUAUUAGAAUGUCUACUUCAAAAAUGAUAAACUAUUACCGUAAUCU